ACAGCAGCAGCAGCAACAACAACAACAGCAGCAGUUGCAGCAACAUGCCCACGCACUGGCGCAACAGCAUAUGCUGCAUCAACAGUUGCAGCCACAGCAUCAUCAGCAGCAGCAACAUAAUGCAACAAGUGAAUGAUACAACCAGUACAUGUCCUGGAAUUACAGUGCAUGGAGCCUAGACGAGUCCAUUAAACAAGCGCCGCACUUUGCCAGCAACUACCAACAACUCCAGCAACAGCAACAACAACAACACCACCAGCAGCAACAGCAGCGACAGCAACAACACAAAAUGCCGCCCUUUAAUUUCUAUGCGCGUAACUAUUAUCAACAAAAUUAUGAGGCCAAACAGCAAACAACACUAAACAACGGCAACAUGAGGCUGCAACAACUGCAGCAGCAACAGCAGCAGCAACACCAACAGCAGCAACAUCAACAGCAGCAACAACAGCAACAGCAACCUCAAACGCAAACAAUUGUCAUUGAUGAGAGCGACAAUGAGCUUGAGGAGGAGCCACGUGAUAUGGAGAGCUGCAUGAGGCAGAGUUUCAAUCACUAUAUGGCACAGCUGAAGCAGCUGACAACCUGUGGCAACAGCGAUCGUGUUGCCCACGAAACCAUGUGCAAUAGCAACAGCAAUAGCAACAGCAACAACCAUUUCAACAAAUGCCAAUCAAAUGGAAGCUACUACAACUACAAUUUCAACUACUACAGCUACUAAUAGUAAUGCUAACGCUAAUAAUCAUAAUCAUAAUCAUAAUAAUAAUAAUUAUAACAGUUAUGCUAACAACCCCAGAAGCUUCAACAGGCAGCUGCCACCGUGAACAGUGGCAACAAAUCAACAACAAUAAUAAUAACAACUACAACAACAACAGCAAGAGCAGCAACAUCAAGAACAACAACAAGUAAAGCAAGAAGGCAACCGAUUGAUACUCAGACUAAGCAUAUAUAAAUAUAAUGAACUAACUGAAUGAAAUCUUUAAUGUUGACCAUGCAUUGCAAAAUAUUAUGGUAAGCCAAAUUUAUUUGUCAAUUAUAUAGGGAAAAAAACAAAAAAAAACACAAAAAAAAUGGAAAUGAAAUGAAAAGAAUGUGAAUGGAAUCAAAAGCUGACCUGAGUACGAUUCAUGGUUUCAACUGGAUUCAUAUGUUGCAAUUUCAUAGAUACAUAAAUUAUAAGCCAACUUAACCGUAACAAAGCAAAAUACAGAAAACAAAAAAAAAAUGAAAUAAAAAUGAUAAUUAUGAUAAUGAACUUGUAGUAGGCAAACAACAGGGUUUCCAAGGCAGCCACCAGAGGACUUAUGGAGAUUGAAGGCAACAAAAAAUACUAUAUAGAACAUUUCGAGAAAGAUUACAUAUAUAUAACAUAUAUUAAUCCCAAUAUGGCAACAACAAUUUUAACUCUAAUUGUUAGAUAUUUAAAUCCAUUUGCUGUUUGGUGCCAACUGUGGGGCAAGUAUUGUGCCAAUCGAAUUGGCUGCACUGUUUGCACCUGUUUCGUUGUUGCAUUUAACACUAAUAUGCACACACACACACACAUACUCACAUCACAUACACACACUCACACACAAUAACUUUCUAUAAUUUUACAAAAGAAAUCUAAGGCACAAAACUUGUAAGACAUUUUGAAAAGCGAGAUUUUCAGUGCAGCUAAUGUUUUAACUCUUCUACUCGUACAAUAUAAAUGUCAACUGUAUUGAUUAUAAUACCGAACUGUAAAAUAUCAUAAUAAAACAAUAUCAAUUUAAAUAUAUUUAAUGUAUCUUUAGACCAGUUGCACACACACAUAGAAAUUAACAUAAAUUUGAUAAUAUUGAUUAUGUACAAAAUUUGUGCGUUUUAAUGUUAAACUUGGAAGAAGACAUGCAUACGAUGCCCUAUUAUUAAUUACUAAAUAAAUUAUACAUAUAUACAAAUAACAGAUACAUUUAAACACAUGCAAGAACAACAACCAAUAUAAAAUGUUAAUUUAUUUAUAACAUACUAGACAUGCGUGUAACUGAGUGUGAGUGUGAAUGUGAAUGUGAAUGUGAAUGAUGAAUUUCUCUAAUCUCCCUACCCUGUAUUAUAGUAAGGAACAGAGACCCACAAAACCCCUCACUUCCCAUCCCCCCCCUGUCCCAUUACGUUUCUAAACUCAAAUCUGUAAAUGCAUGUGAGUGUCGGAAUAGGGCUAGAGGGCGUGUUUAAUUUGUUAUCCAGUCUACACGCAUACAAAUACAAAUACAAAUACAAAUACAAAUACAUACAUCAAUAAUUUAGUUCUAUUAACAUUAUGAUUAAUUGAUAAUUUUGCAGCAUUUUUUUAUAAGCCACUGUAUAUACUAUUCUAAUACUUUUACUUAUAUUACAUACAUAUAUAUUAUAUUAUAUAUAUUUUUUACAAAUUCUUCUUUACUAAGUAGUAGUUCUGUAAAUCUUAUUUUGUUGUUGUACAUUUAUUUUAUUUGUUGCCACUUUGUUUUUCGAGUUGAAUCCAAUCUGGUGCGCACAUGAAUUGCCUAAAAACAAAUAGAAAAAAAACACACACAAACACAAAAACAAUUAAAAAACAAGUGAAAAAAGAAUAGAAAAAAAAGAGUUCAAGAGUUAAUAAUACUACAUAUUAAUACUAUUUAUUUGUUUUAAUUUUUAAUUUUGUAACAUGAAAUGUUUAGUAAUUAAUGCAACAUCAGAUACUGCCCCGACUUAAUAUUUGUUUAAUGUUUUAUAUUUUAACUCUGCUUUGUUGAACAACAUGAAAUUUAUCUAUAUAUGAUGUGAUAACUAUAGUUAAACUAAACUACACACAUUACAAAAUGAAAUUAUGUUAAUUAUUAAAAACAAAACAAAACAAAAAAAAGAAUAUCGACGAUAUCUAAUUUGUGGUAUGCAAAAUGGUGCUAAAUCCAAAUAUACUUUAAAUGCAAAUGCAACUUCCCCAAAACAAAAACAAAAAAAAACAAAAACAUUAGAACCCUCCUCAUAGAGACCCUGAAUACAGUAGACAGCUUUUGAACUUAUGUAUGUGCAAUAUGACUAGUUUUUGUUUAAGUGAAUGUAAUGAGGGAGAAUUAGGAAAUGAGAAUGCAAAUGUAAAAUGGGAGUGAAAUUGAUAGUGAAGUUGUAGGGUGUAUGGUAUGGUAUUUCAAUAGCGAACCAUUUGAUGAAUUACGAUUAAAUAAGGAUACUGUAGAACUAU